AUGGCAUCCUCGGCGAAACGUCCCGAACUAAUAGCGAUUGCCCGCGAUCUGGCUGGCGUGCCGAUGAGUGACGACUAUGAGAAGAUGAUAUCGGGCAUGCUUUACAAUCCACUCCUCCCAAGCCUGGAAGAAGCCCGACACCGCUGCCGCAUCUUGACCAACGACUACAACAAUCUGGACCCACGCACUGUGCCAUCUGAACAGAUCAGGGACGUCCGUUUUGGCCUUCUACAAAAGCUGGUUGGGCGGGUAGGUGAGGGGUCGUUUGUCGAGCCGCCAUUUCGGCCGGAUUACGGGUGCAAUGUCGUCAUCGGGAGGGAUUGCUUUAUCAAUUGGAACCUAAGUAUCCUUGACACGUCUCUCGUGAUUUUGGGGGAUCGCAUUCAAAUGGGCCCAAAUGUUGGCAUCUAUACCGCCGGACAUGAGACGAGUGUCUUGUCCCGGCGGAAGUAUAUCGAGUUCGGACAUCCGGUGCGAAUUGGCGAUGAUUGUUGGAUUGGCGGUAAUGUAGUGAUCCUCCCUGGAGUGACUAUUGGCGAGGGAUGCACUAUUGGAGCAAGCUCUGUGGUUACAAAGGACAUUCCGCCUUUCUCGGUGGCUGUGGGAAGUCCUUGUAAGGUGAUCAAAACUAUACAAUCCGCCGAGGAAGAGGAACAAGAUCCUGAGAAUCCUUACCGAGCAAUGAAAAGAGAGUUGUAA